CUGUACGUGCGUCUGCGUGACGUCAUCACGCACAACCAUCUGCUGGGCUUUGACAAACAGAGGAAGAGUGGAGAAACAGAGGACAUGCUAUAAAAUAAAAUAAAAUAAAAUAAAAUAACUAAAACGCUACAGUUUCAAAGGCACGAGCUCAUUUGCAGACAUGGACAGCGGACAGUAUGCUUACGCCCGGGAGUACUUCGAUCGCUUUGUCCAGAGUCAGGACUCCUCGGUCGUGAAUAAGUUCCAGCAGAGAUACUGGAAGACCAAACAGACGCUGAUUAAAGUGACGGGGAAGAAAGAGGACGAGCAUGUGGUCGCGUCGGACGCAGACCUCGAUGCCAAGCUGGAGGUUUUCCACUCGGUGCAGAGGACAUGCAUGGAGCUCCUCAAAGUGAUAGAACAAUACCAGAGGAGAAUCUGUGUUCUGUCUCAGGAGGAGAACGAGUUGGGGCGCUUCCUGCGCUCUCAGGGCUCCCAGGACAAAAGCCGAGCGGGGAAGAUCAUGCAGGCGACAGGGAAAGCCCUCUGCUUCUCCUCUCAGCAGAGGCUGGCGUUGCGUGUCCCGCUCUGCCGCCUGUACCAGGAAGUGGAGACGUUCCGCUACCGAGCCAUCUCGGACACGUGGCUCACCGUGAACAGGAUGGAGCAGGCGAGGACCGAGUACCGUGGAGCUCUGCUGUGGAUGAAGGACAUCUCGCAGGAGUUGGACCCCGACACACACAAGCAGAUGGAGAAGUUCCGCAAGGUUCAGGCUCAGGUGCGUCUCACUAAGACCGGCUUUGACAAGCUGAAGAACGACGUUUGUCAGAAGGUGGAUUUACUGGGAGCCAGUCGAUGUAACCUGCUCUCUUACGUCCUCACGAACUACCAGGUGUGUCGCUCUCUUUCCUCUCUUUCACGCUUGUGUUACACAGCUGCUAACCAGUGCCAGUCAGUUCAUCUCUGCUCUGCUUUUCAGACUACGCUGCUGCAUUUCUGGGAGAAAACGUCUCACACCAUGGCCGCCAUUCACGAGAGCUUCAAAGGCUGCCAACCGCACGAGCUCCCGGCGCAGAAGGAGAAUAAAGGAUCUGAUCCGGGAGCAAAGAAACGGACGAAGAAACAAACCAAGACGAGAACGGAGCAAGAGGGGCCGAGUCCCGCCGUAGAAGACACGCUGAUUUCCCUGGACGAUGAGGAUCUGAAUAAGGACGCGACUCAGUCAGGAGCCGGCGUAGGAGCUCAGGAGAAGGACGCACUGAGCGUGCUCACCGAGAUCCUCAGCUCCAGUUCAGUGGAGGACGCCGAUUUCUCCCGAGAGUGGAGGGACGUGUUCGGGGAGGACGAGAGCGUGGAUGGAGGGACGUCUGCGGUCACAGAUGCUCAGCCUGGAAAGGAACAGGAGGAGGAGGAAGAAGAGUCGUUCUUCUUACCAUCACAACUCCUCGACCAGAACCUCCACAACCUGCAGUCCGCAGUGUCGGGAUGGAUUAUGGGUAAUUCACAAAGCUGCCCAGGGCCGAGUGAUCAGACCGCGGGAGCCAAUCAGAUCACAUCCAAACCGACAGCAAGAGACACCAGUGAAAGUGUGAAGGAUCGCUUUGCGUGGUUCAACCUGUUCGCCGAUCUGGAUCCUCUCACCAACCCAGACGCAGUCGGCCGAACAGACAAGGAGCACGAGCUCUUCACUGCAUGAGAGCAAAGUCCUUCAAGUAAAUUCCAUCCACUCUGCGGCCAUCUCAGAUACACUCUAAGCGUCUAAACGUCAUCUAUUUAAAAUGAGGAGAGACGCAUACAGUCGUGUGAAAAAAUAAGUACACCGCAUGGAAAUCGUUGGCUUGUUUUUGUUUUUGUUGACAUAUAUGGACAAGCAACCAUUUGAUCAUUUUUGAAACAGUGCCUAUUAAAAAAGUUGAUCUACUUGAACAAAACCGCAGGGAAAACCAGGUUUUUCAGCCAUUUAUUCAACAGAAAUAUCAAUAGACGCGAUAUUGUUCUGUGGAAAAAGUAAGUACACCCUUGGCGUCAGAAGCUAGUAUUGCGUCCUUUAGCAGAAGCCUGCUUCUUGUAGGCGUUUUGUGUAAUUGUCCAACAGGCUUGCUGGAAAUUUUUUUUACCGCUCUUCCAUGCGAUGUUCUUUCAGUUACGAGAUGUUUGAAGGUUUUCUUGCACGUUCUGCCCGUUUCAAAUCCCUCCCAGAACAUCUCGAUGGGAUUCAAACCCCGGCUUUGACUCGGCCGUUCCAUAACCUCCUGUUUAGUGUCCGGGGGAAAAAUAAAAAACCCAGAAAUGUAUGAAAUGUUCGUAUUAUGGUCUAAAGAAAUUUUUGGGAACUACUAAAUUCCCACUCCAUCCCAAAUUUAGUCAGUGUUUGUUAGCUGGCUGUCAACAUUUCAUACAGUCACUGUAGCAACCUGAAAGAAAUGUGGGACUAUUGUGUUUUGGUAUAUACAGUCAUGUGGAAAAAAAUAAGUACACCCCAUGGAGAUUGGGGUUUAUAGGAAAUGGUAAAUGGAAAUUUACAUACUUGGACAAGCAAACAUUUGAUCCUCUUUGAAGUAACGCCUAUUAAUUCAUAAGGUCGAUAUACUUGAACAAAACUGGAAGGUUACGUCAAGGUUGUGGAUGCCUGUGAGUCGGGCAAGGGAUUUAAAAAGAUCUCCAACUGAUUUGAAAUACAUCGUUCCGCUGUAAGGUAAAAUCAUCUACAAAUGGUGCGGAUUUCAAGAACGACCGUCUGAUGCAAAAAGAAGUCUCCAAGAACCCCAAUAUUUCAUCACAGGAUCUGCUAGUAAGUCUUGUGACUGUUGGUGUCAAAGUGCAUGCUUCUACAAUCAGAAACUGUGCAAAUUUGACCUGCACGGGAGGUGAGCCAGGAAAAAGCCUUUACAGGACUACAGCCUUAUGGAAUAAUGUGCUGUGGACAGACGAAUGAAAGAUAAAGUUGUCUGGCCACAGUAACAGCAGACAUGUUUGGGGUUGCCGCAUCGCCUCAGGGACUGGACAGCUUGCAUUCAUUGAUUCAACUAUGAAUCAUAUCAAAGAGUGCUCGAAGAUAAUUGUCAGGCCAUCUGUCCGAAAGUUGAAGUGGAACCGAAAGUGGACCUUAAAGUCCUAAGCACACGAGCAAAUCCACCAAGGAACGGCUCAGAAAGAAGAAAUGGAGGGUUUAAAAAAAAAAAAAAAAUCACCUUGUUAUAACAGCUGUGCGAACUGUUUCAUCAUUCCUAACGUAUUUAGCUUCAACAUCUGUGCAGUUAAGUUCGUGUUCUGAAGUACUUUAAGUACUCUAAGGACACCGUCCUCCCUGCUGAGUAAUAAUCUAAUGCUAAACCAAAAAUAAAUCAUAUGUUGUCUUACAAAAGUGAAUACACUGAAUAUUGCUAGAGAAUUUGGUUACCGGAACCGGAAGUAACGUCUCGUAACACUUUCUAUGAAGGCCAUGGUUACAGUAUAAUAACCUUUGGAAACAUUCAUAACUGUUCGUAAUGG